AUGUAUAUCAAAUUAUAUGAAAGUAAACCGGUUACAUAUGAUGACAUGCAGUUAGGUGAAAUUGACCAUCACAUUGCUCGUGCCAAUUUAUUAAAUGCUCCUUUAUUUGCUGAACAAAGUACGAUAGAUACAAUGCGAAAUAAACGAAAUUGUUUUCUCUAUGCGUCUAAAGCACAAAAUCGCGCACCAAAAUGGAUGUGUUGGUAA